GGGGAGGUAUAUCAGGAUUAAGUGCAGCAUGGUAUCUAUCUCGUCACGUACCUUCUACAACAAAAAUCACAAUAUUAGAAGGGUCAAAUAGGUUUGGAGGCUGGAUAAAAAGUAAGAGAGUCGGGGAACAUAAAGUUCUUUUUGAACAAGGUCCACGAACAUUGAGACCAAAUGGGAUAGGAGGUCCCGUUAUCAAUAAAUUGAAUUUAACUUCAUCUUUACAUGCUGUUACAAAGAAUGAUGAUGCUUCAAAAAAUCGAUAUAUUUAUUAUCCAGAUAGACUAGUAAAGCUUCCAGGUUCAUCAAUAUACUCAAGCCUAAAGUCCGUAUUGAUAAAUAAAUUCCUAUUAAAAACGGCAUCGUCAAUCCUUCUAGAACCGUUCGUUAAAUCCUCAAAAAAUCAUAAGGAUGAAUCCAUUCAUGAAUUUAUUUCGAGAAGAUUCGAUAGAUCCAUGUCAGAUAUAUUGAUCAGUGCACUUAUACAUGGUAUUUAUGCCGGUGACGUAAAAAAGCUUUCCAUCAAAUCAGUAUUUACAAGGCUAUACGAUUUAGAACAAAGGCAUGGAUCUGUCAUUAAAGGUUUAUUGAUGGGCAAUAAAGAAGAUUUUUUAUGUCAACAAGAUAAGGAUUUAUUGAAAAUUGUUAACGAUGAAAAUAAAGAACUUUUGGCAAUAAUGAAAGAUGUUAGUCUUUUUUCUUUUAAAGAUGGUAUUGAACAAUUAUCAUCAGCCAUUGUAAAUGAUUUGAAAAAUAGAGAAAAUGUACAAUUAAAAACAGAUAAUCAAGUAAUUAAAUUGGAAUUCGGGAAAAAGACAAAGAUUUUUACAAAAGAUGGAGUUUACGAAGCUGAUCACGUAAUCAGUACAAUAACAUCACGCGCACUUUCCCAUAUUCUUCCCGACAAAGGCAAACUUCCUCACUUAGAUUAUAAUCCAUCAGUAUCAGUAGCAACAGUCAAUAUAGCAUACAAUCAUCCAAAGAUUUUACCGGUUAAAGGAUUUGGAUAUUUAAUCCCACAAUCAACACCAAAUAAUCCUUAUCGCAUUCUCGGCGUAGUAUUUGAUUCAGACGCUAUGCCAUUACAAGAUGAACCUCCAAGAACAUACACAAAAUUAACCGUAAUGAUUGGUGGUCAUUAUUUUAAUUCCAUUUCGGAAGAUGAUGAUUUUCCAAGUAAAGAAAUCUUAUUACAACAAUCCAUGGAAAUUUUGGAAAAACAUCUUGGAAUUUAUUCUACCCCACUUUAUUAUCUCGUUGAUGUACACAAGGAUUGUAUACCUCAAUAUUAUGUUGGUCACUAUUCAAGACUUGAAGAAUUGCAUUAUGCAAUUAAAAAGUAUUAUCCCAAUCAAUUGAGCGUUACAGGUGCGAGUUAUUGGGGUGUUAGCAUAAAUGACUGUGUCCUAAAUUCGGCUAAAUUGGUUCUUAAUCUCCUUUCAAAUUCUUCAAAUGUUGUAACUGGUUUGGAAAGAAUUGAAAUUCAACAACUCUAA